UCGCAAUAAUGCUGUCGUUUCGCUAGCCUACACGCCCACGCCGCGCUCGACGUCAUUCGCUGCGUGGCGUUGGGUGUUUUUGUUACCCACUCCUUUUCCGCCAAGCCCCGCCUUUCCUGCGCUCUGAUUGGCUAAUUCCCACUAACAACGCUCGAUAGCAAACUUCUGGCAAAGAACAUCGCGAGUUAGAGGAUGCAGCUGACCAAUCGAGGCGCAGUAAAGGCGGGAUUUGUUUGAAUACGGGUGUAAACUAAAAACGACCCAGACUACAGGGGGUGGGCGUGGAUUUCACCGGCUUUCGCGCAGAAAGACACAAUGAAGCGAGGGGCAAUGUAGGAUAGACACCACGUUGGGGGCACGGAGCACAAUAAACGUCGCUGGUUUAUUUUUUUACGUUUAUUUUUGAACAUUGAUAGACUGAUACACUACUAUUUGCUCACCAGGAUCGUGUUGUCGUACCGUUUUGUUAUUUGAGCGGUUUAAGCGCUUAAAAGUAACCGAGAAGGGUGAGGAGGAAACGAGGCAGAGGCUGAAACGAGGGAGAACAACGUGAUCUCGUUGCGUUUGAGGGUUUUUAGAAUAUAGUUAAUAACUAUAUAAAUACAAAUAAUACACGCGCAUUAUUUCAAACGCUCAAAAAACAUGUCGAUGUUCGCGUACUCGGACUAUCUCGCCGCUGAAUGUCUGGUGUCGAUAUCCAGUGGGCCGGUCCUCCACCGGCCGGCGGCGGCCACGCAGGCCCCUCCUCAGGGCCUUCCACACGGGGAACUGGAGGGGUCGAGCGAGGACAGGGAGGUCCGCGAAACGCUCAGGCUGGAGGGGUCCAGCAUCGCCACGGUGGCCCAGGUCCUGACGGAUCUACACGGCAAGCUGCGGCCCGUGUCGGCGUACUCCGAGAGCAGCAACUCGUCAUGCGGGGAGAGCGGCUACACCACGCUGUCCGACUCGGCCACCCCCACCGCAACCCCAACCAUGACCCCCUCAGCCACCCCUGUCCCGCAGCAGCAGCACAUGUGGGGAGGAGGGGCGCCCAGGUCCCCCACCAAGCGCCACCCGUGCACCUUCGACGGCUGCGACAGGGUGUACGGCAAGUCCUCUCACCUGAAGGCGCACAUCAGGACACACACAGGUGAGCGGCCGUUUCCCUGCACCUGGUCUGGCUGUGAGAAGAAAUUUGCCCGUUCUGAUGAGCUUGCCCGCCACCUCCGCACCCACACGGGCGAGAAGCGCUUCCAGUGCCCCCUCUGCGACAAACGCUUCAUGCGCAGUGACCACCUGAUCAAGCACGCCCGCCGCCAUCCUGACUUUCACCCCUCCAUGAUCGGUCGCAAGGGCUCGGCUCAAGGAUCAGCCAUAUCAUCCAUGGUUCUGGGUGAGUCUCAGUGAGCCGUGGCCGUCGCAUCUCCUCAAGCUCAAUUCUUCCGGACCUUGGCUGGACCCUUCGCCCUAAAAGCUACGACCUACGACCACUUUUUUGUCCUUUUUUUUUUUUUCUUUCACCAUCUGGAAGGUAAUUCACAAAAUAGCAGUUCUCAGCUGUAGGUCAUUCCAGUUUUGGGCUGAACUUAUCCAGCUGACUGAGAGACCCUGUUCUGUGAAAUACUCCCCUACUGUUAGAUCAGAUGCAGUCAUCCUCUCUCUAAUGGGCCGAAACGGGUUUGGGAGAAGCUCUUUGCCUCAUCUUCUAGACCACCCAGCAGUGAUGUUCACUUUCUCCUCAAAUAAUGACAACCGCCUGCCUCAACACAUUCCUCCUUGACUGUAGAAACUCAAGCAUGAUUGAAGGGUGUUAGAUCAGUUCUUUGCUUCAGGUGUAGAGGAUAACUCAGCUUAGCUCUUCGUUGAGCUGUACAAGAGUUGAUGGGCCUUUCUUGACAAAAGCACAACAUGUAUGAUCCUCCUUGAAAACGAUGAAGCUGUUCCCAGUCAAGCCAACAAGAUGGCCGCCCAAAUUGCAGCACAAUCCUCACUGUUGCUGACUGAGCUGCAUCACUUCUCGUGUGUGUUUGAAAUUCAUGAAAGAAAAUGAAAGAAAAAAAUUAUUUAUGGACUUAUUUAUGAUGUUUGGCCACUGUUCAAUGGACACUGUUUAAUUUUUGCUGUGUCAUUCCAGGUCUUAGCAGACUUCUUGCACACCACACUGUCUUCUUCACUACACCUGUUAUGUCCAUAAACAAUCGGUAGCAGAGUUGGCGUUUAGCCGCCAUUCACUGGUGCUCAGAUUCACUCCUCAUGCAGUCGUUCAUAUCACAGCAAUGGGACUGAAUUAUGGAACUGUGCAACCAAAAGAAAAAAAGGUUGGGUAAUACUUACUCUGUAUUAUAGUCAAUAAUAAUAUACACUGAAACUUGCAUCAGCUUUCAAAUUUUGUGUAUUCUCAUGAUUGGUUUACAUUUAAGUAAAAUGCUGAGCUUUAAAAGCCCAGCUAUGUACAUGUA